AUGGGGCCCCCCAGGGGCCCCUCGGGGGCCCCCUCUGCCUCCAAUGAGCAGGAGGAAAACGAGGGUCCAAACGUGCAUGUAUCCAGCAGCAGCAACAACAACAACAGCAGCAGCAACGGCAGCAGCAGCAGCAACAGCAACAGCAGCAGCAGAGAUAUGCUGCUGCAGCUACUUGCUGAUGAGAUAAUGCCGCAAUUCUUUGCGCAUGCAUCAAUGCAGCAUUUAGUCUCCUUGCUGCAGCAACACCAACAUAACCCUGAGGCCCUCACCCAGGCCCUUCAAGAGGAAAUAUACAAUUGGGGAAAACAAGAGGGGCCCCCUCUAUCUACCUCGGGGGGCCCCCAAUCACAAAAGGGGCCCCCAGGGUCUUCAAGAGGUUGGCGUUUGUCUCCUCGGCCUUUUCCGGGGGCCCCGGAUGGGUCGCCGUUUAGAGGAUUGGGUCAGGGGCCCCCCUCUGAUGGGGGCCUCCCCCGUCUUAGUGCCAAUUGGUCCCCUCCAUUAAGCCCAAGGAGACCUAGGGGCCCCUGUGCCUCCAAAGAGGGGCCCCCAGCACUCCCUGCAUGCACUCAGUUAACAGAUACCCCUCAUGAUGAGUUCGUCACCCCUGUUGGGGCCCCCGAGGAAGCUGUUACGGAGGGGGCCCCCCUUGGGGCCCUAGAGGGAGGGUCCAUUGAAGGGGGCCCCCUACUUGAAGGGGCCCCCAAUGGGAGUCCUUUAUCUUUGCUGCAUAGCAAAGAGACGAAUGGGGCCCCCUACCAGUACCCUGCCCUGUUAAGUGAGUCUGAUGGGGAGACACCAGCAGCAAGGGGGCCCCCGUCAUGGUCUGCUGAGGGUAGCAGCAGCAAAGAAAUAAAAGAAAGAGAGAGGGAGGCACCUUUCUCUUUACACGGGGAAGGGCCCCAAUGGGGGGCCCCCAUUGAACAUAAGGGGGCCCCCAUUGGGGUGUCAGAAGAAGGGAGAUCUGUACUGACAGCUCUUCGUCGCGCCAGGGAGGAGCGUAGCCUACGUGCCCCUAUAAGAAUAGAUGAGGAGACAGAGGAGGCACUUGCUGAUGCAUUUAGAGACACACAAGAAGGGAUGUCUCUUGAUGAGUUCCGUCAUAAAAUUGUUGGGCCCCUACUAGGCUUGGGCCCCUUCUUGGCGGGGCCCCUGUUCCGUCGUAUAGACACUGAUGAUUCAGGCGUUGUUACUCUCCCUAAGCUAAAGAGCUAUUGGAGAGGCCGCUUUGUUCUUAAGACAAAAGAUCCUUCUCUUAAUGAUCGUGUUGCUCUUCCUCCUCUUCCUACGUAUGGGGGCCCCCUUACGGAGAUACAGGAGGGCCCCGAGGGUACGGUGGGGGCCCCCGAGGGCACUGAAGGGGGCCCCGAGGGUACUGGGGACUCAGAGGCCUCUAGUGGCCCCGAGGGUACCGGGACCCCGAGGACUCCGAGGGGCCCCGCCGGGGCCCCUGUCCUCAGCAGGGGCAGCAUCAUAAACUUUAUGGGGGCUAUAGCCACCAGAGGACACCGCAUAUACCCUGAAGACCUCAGGCCGUGGGUGCUUGAAGUAACACACUGUGCGCCUGACAUGGCCUUCUUGUUAGAUCCGCAGUCCGAGGAGUACUUAGAAAAGUAUGUUGAUUCGGUUAUUGCGCGUAUUAUGUUCUAUGUUGACGAAGACUCUAAGGGAUGGCUCUCAAUGCGGGAUUUGAGAAGGAGCCACCUAGUACACGUAUGGUGCAGCCUAAACCCUUCGGUGGAGUUAAGCGCCAUCCGCAAGUUUUUUAGCUAUGAUCAUUUUUAUGUCCUCUAUUGUGCCUUUCACGAACUUGACGAAGAUGAUGACUUCCUUCUACAUCGUAGUGAUGUUCGCAAGUAA